GUGACCUACACAAACAACCACUUCUUCAACCUCUACAGCCACGGCCCCAUGUUCCGAAUAGGUACCGGCCAUCUCUUCCACAAUUACUGGAACCAGAUGGAUGACGGCGUUCGCACGUGGGCGGGUGCGCAGCUGCUCACCGAGUCGUGCGCGUUUGAGAACACCAAUGAUGAUAUCAUCGCGAAGAACGGAUAUGCUGUGGUGAGAGAUGUCGAUUUGGGGGCUGGUACGAAUGAAGCGCCUGCUGGGACGCUGACGAGUGUGCCGUAU